UUUUUGUUUUUGUUUUCUUCAACAAAGUAACCCCAUUUUAAAAAUUUUGUGACAAGAAAUGGACUCGAGUGCUUCUUUAAUGAUAAAAUCACCUUACCAUGUUAGAAGAUGCUUUUUUAGAAGAUGACAUUUGGGAAUACAAAUCUAAAAGAAAACCAAAACCAGUUGAUCCAAAUAAUUGCUCUGAAAAUAUUCCAAAAUCUGUUGAAAAAGCAACAGAUGGUAAAUACCAUUCAAAACGAAACAGAAAAAGAACCAUAGAAGCCAGAGGGAAGGUGAAGGACCAUGAAAUGUCCCUUGGAGAAGCAGAUUGUCAGACUUCUGUGGCUUCUAGUCAGAAUUCAAGUUGUGGAGAUGGUAUUCAGCAGUCCCAAAACAAAGAGACCACUCCAAGAAAACUCUGUAGAACUCACAAAAACAAACAAGUGUCCCCAAAGAUACGUCCAGUUUAUGAUGGAUACUGUCCAAACUGCCAGAUGCCUUUUUCCUCAUUGCUAGGUCAAACACCACGAUGGCAUGUUUUUGAAUGCUUGGAUUCUCCACCAAUCUCUGAAGAAGAGUGUCCUGAUGGUCUUCUGUGCACCUCUACAAUUCCUUCUCAUUAUAGGAGAUACACUCACUUCCAGCUAGCUCAAAGUAGGGCUAGUAAUAGUCCUUUUAGCAGCCCAUCGCAUGCAUCAGGUGGUAGCUUCAAUGAGAUUAAUUCAGGCUUUCAUUGUAGCCUUGAGGAAAGAUGGUCCCUGGAUCAGAAACAAACUGGGAACUUAAAAAAUGUUUCAAAUGAUCCCUUGUUGUUGACAAAUUGUUUAAGAAAAUCUCAAUCUCCAUCUGAAAGCAAUAAAAAUUUUUCCUCUUCUUCAAAUAUCCAAACACCUCAACAAGUGCUACAAUUUACAAAAUUUGUUAAUAAUGAGAAACUGGUAGGAGUUGGUUUGCCUCUUGCUGAUGAAGAAUUAGAUAGCCAAAACAACUCAGGACAUGUAAAUUUGCCAUUGCCAGAAAAUGACUUUAGCGACUGUGAAAUCUCCUAUUCUCCACUUCCAAGUGAUGAAGAAACUCAUGAGAGAGAUGAAAAACUGGACGAUUCACAGCAGGAACUAUGUCUUACUGAAAGCUCUAAAGAUGGCAGCCUAAAUGAUGGUGACAGCAACUCUGCUUUGUUUGAAAGACCACAUAGUACCUUACUGAAGGACCUGGAGGAGAGCUGCCCUGAAGUGAAUCUCUUCCUAACUCAGAAUAAGUAUGACCAAGGAUUGCAUAGCUACAGUACUCGAAAUGGUUCAUCUCAACUUGCUUCCCAAAAUAAUGAGAAUUGUAUUUUGCCUUAUAAUCCAGCAUAUACUGUUGAUUUUCUGUUGUUUCCACCUGCAUUCUCAGGGGAGCUUGCUGCUUCUAAUCACCAAGCCACUAAAGCAAAAGCUGAUGAGCAAGAAUUUUACUCCUCCCAGUCAAAUAAACAGAAACGGCUAAUUGGAGAAUCAGCUGUUUACAAUCAAGUUUCUCUUCCUUUAGCUAAGAGUGAAAUGUCAAAACCUUCUGAAAGCCAGGGAGGAGGAGACCAUUCUUUCCAACCAACUCCAAGUAAAAUUAGAGUAUUAUCAUGUGAGAAAUUCAGUUCUAAGAACAAUACUAACUCAGCAGGUUUCUGCAGAAAGGCAGAUGGUAUGCUGGACAGUAAAGUUACAGUGUUAAAUACUCAAAAAUGUUCUCAUACACCUGCUGCUGCAUCUUUGAAAAUACUGCCUUCUGGUCUUAAGGGUAAUGCAAGAUAUCCUUCUACCAAGAUAAUGAAGCAAACAGAUAUAGGUGUGUAUUUUGGACUACCACCCAAAAGAAAAGAAGAAAAAUUGCCAGAGGAAAGUGCAUCCGAAAGGAUAAACUUAAAUCCAGUACUAAGUCCUAAUGAAAAGAGGUCCCGGCAGUACAAGAGGAAAGCAGAAAAAUCUUUAAGUGAUUUAGAAUUUGAUGCAAAGAAUUUAAAUGUCAGUCAGCUUUCUGUGGAACUUUCUAGUCAGAGGUCACAGCGUCAAAGAAAGAGACUUAAAAAGUCAAAUUUGCUGCAGGAAGGAGCACAUCAGAAAAGGCCAGAUUACUUUAUUAACAAUACAGAAUGUGGAACAGUCCAUUUAAGGAAAAACAAAGUCUUCACAAAAUCAACUCAUGGCAGGCUACAAAGAGGGAACAAGAAAAUCCCAGAGUCAUCUAAUGUAGAAGAAUUUAGAAAAAAAACAUGCCCAUUCUAUAAGAAAAUACCUGGAACUGGCUUUACAGUUGAUGCCUUUCAGUAUGGCUUGGUUGAAGGCUGUACAGCCUAUUUUCUCACACAUUUUCAUUCUGAUCAUUAUGCUGGAUUGUCUAAACAUUUCACAUGUCCAAUUUAUUGUAGUGAGAUAACUGGCAAUUUGGUGAAAAACAAGCUUCAUGUGCAAGAACAAUACAUCCAUCCGUUGCCAAUGGACACUGAAUGCAUCGUUAGUGGUGUCAAAGUUACGUUGCUUGAUGCCAACCACUGUCCAGGUGCUGUUAUGAUCCUUUUUCAUCUUCCUAAUGGUACUGUCAUAUUACAUACUGGAGACUUCAGAGCAGAUCCCAGCAUGGAACGUUCUCUUCUUGCAGGCCAGAAAGUCCACAUGCUGUACUUAGAUACAACAUAUUGUAGCCCAGAAUACACCUUUCCAUCUCAGCAAGAGGUUAUCCAGUUUGCUAUCAACACUGCCUUUGAGACUGUAACUCUAAACCCACGUGCUCUUGUUGUCUGUGGCACUUACUCUAUUGGAAAAGAAAAAGUCUUCCUAGCUAUUGCUGAUGUUUUAGGUUCAAAAGUGGCCAUGUCCCAAGAAAAAUAUAAAACAUUACAAUGCCUCAGUAUACCAGAAAUUAAUUCACUCAUCACUACAGACAUGUGCAGUUCAUUGGUUCAUCUGCUCCCAAUGAUGCAAAUUAAUUUUAAGGGUUUACAGAGUCAUUUGAAGAAGUGUGGUGGCAAAUAUGAUCAGAUUUUGGCUUUUCGACCUACAGGAUGGACACACUCUAACCAGUUAUCUAGUAUAGCAGAUGUUAUUCCCCAGACCAAAGGAAAUAUUUCAAUAUAUGGAAUUCCUUAUAGUGAACACAGCAGCUACCUAGAAAUGAAACGCUUUGUCCAGUGGCUGAAGCCCCAGAAGAUCAUACCUACCGUCAAUGUUGGCACUGUGAGAUCUAGGAGCACAAUGGAGAAAUAUUUUAAAGAGUGGAAAUUGGAAGCUGGAUAUUGAUGAUACUUUAAGGACUCAGUAGUAAUUAAGUACCUUAGAUGUACCUUGAUAAAGCCAUAGAGAUAUGAAAUACAAUUUAUGUGGAAAAACUUCAUGAAGAUUACUCAUAGUUUAUUUUCUCAUUUAUGCUUAAAUAGCAUGUUCAUAGUGCCGAAUGCCUCUUAGCAUCAUCAGAGAUAACUGAGACUGGGUCUCCCUAGUUCCCUUAAUUUCUUGCUCCCACUCCGUGGAGGCAGUUAUACUCUGCAUCCAACUGUAGGGAUGGACAUAAUGGCAGGUUCAAGGACCAAAAGUAUUCAUGAUUGGUAAACUAGAUUAAAACAUUGUAUAUUAGUAAUUAUGUAUCUUUACAAUUAUGAAAUAAAGCUUUUAUAUGAUAUAUAUG